CCCAAAUUUGCCAUUAUUUUAAUUUGUGUAUGACUAAAGCAAGUCUAUUGUUUUCAAGGUGGUUAUGCUGCCUCAUCAAAUUCCUUCUUCUUGUACCCUCUGUGGUGUUGCCCUGUGUCAGGCAUGGUUCACAUGUAUUAUGUAAGACAAUGUGGGGGGCAACAGCCUGGCCUGGAGUGAUGGGUUGUUUGUGCGCGGGUGCGGCAUUCCUUUCCUUGCUCUGGUGUAGAGUACAUCACUCUCCUUGCUCUGGACUGGAAUCACCGCUGUUACACUUUCAUUAUUUUGUAAACCCAUCAUUUUCCUGGCACAGGUUCUCCUGCCGUUUGUCAUUUUGGACGAGGACGAGACCUAGCUGUGCAUUACUACUACUUCUACCACUUCGGGAGCUGAGUGACGAUUUUCUGUUCCGCUUUCCUCCAUAUCACCUUUUCAUCUCAUCACACCCCUGGCCGUCCCCUGACGAGUUGCGUCCUUCCGGAAGUUGCAGUCGCUAGUUUCCCGCCUGUUGCAGUCCUUUGACGUCCCCGGAUCUCCCCUUCUUCUCUGAUGUUUUAAUUCUCGUUCCGUGAACUUUGUUCUUUUCGUGAACUUUGUACUCGCGCGUUCGUGGACGUGACUGGAUUCGAAUCGUUGGUCGUCGCUGGAUCUGGACAAGACCAUGGGAGACGCAACUGCGAACAGCUUAUCCUUUUCUUGCAUUGUAUAAAUUGUUGUAAUCUGUGCAUUUUCAUUUGUUGUUUACAUUAUCUACUUUCUUUGCUUUUAUUUUGUUUUGACUUCAAGUUGAAGAGUGUUUGAGUGAUUUGAAUUAAAAGCCCUUUUUAAUUCGAACUGUAAAUACACCUAUUUCUGUACAUUUUUAUUUCUUUGAUUAUUUUGUCGACUGAACCGGUUGGAUUUAUAUCAUUGGGGUUUUCCUAACUGGAAUAGACCCCGCGACAAAAUUGGAGGCACCACCCGGAUUUAGGUUAUAUUGCUAAUCAAAUUUAUUAGCAACCACAGUUCACAAUUGCUCAUACACUCUAUUUUUUGCCGUUGUAUUACAUUUUGUUUUGUAUUGAGUUUGUAAGAAUAGUUCUAUUUUCUUUUGGCUGUAAUUUUGUUGAACCAUGUCUGACACAGAAUUUAAAGAUGCUUUAGAGGAUUUCUUAAAAGCCCAUGGUAAGACAACGGAAGAUUUGCCAAGUACUCCGUCUAAACCCACUACAUCAGACCAGCCUGUGCCCAAAGCGGUGGGAGAAGCGGUGGUGAAGCAUGUUGUAUCUUCAUCAUCGACACACCGGCGGCGGCUUCGACUGUUUUCUGGCAAAACCCCAGUACCAUCAGGCGAGUUCGACUAUGAAAGCUGGAAGAGGCCAGCACGCCAGCUGGUCGAGGACUCGAACAUCUCUUCGUCAGAGAAGCUCAGCAGGGUAAUCGAGUCACUUCUCCCACCGGCGAGCAACAUCGUGUGGGCACUGGGGAAGGAGGCCACAGCCGAAGAAUGCUUGGACGGGCUCGAGAAAGCCUAUGGUGUAACCGCUGACGGCGACGAACUGUACUUGCGAUUUAGCGAAUGCUUCCAGCGACCAGUAGAGGCAGCUUCCGAGUACCUCGUACGACUGCAGGAGCUGUUGACUCGGGUGCAGGAUACUGGUGGCGUAAACCCCGACCGGGUCGACAAUGUCCGCAUUCAGCAAUUCACCAGGGGCUGCCUUUACCAUGAACCACUGCUGAUGAAGCUUGACCUGAAGAAGCGCCCAACUCCUCCCAAUUUCGUUUCUCUUCUGCAAGAGGUACGGCUUGAGGAGCAGAGAGAACGAGAGAAGGAGGAAAGAAGGGUUGGAGAGCAGAAGGUGGCUACAAAGCGAGUAGCUGUUGCAGCGGAGGCCUCGCCCAUCCCGAUGGAUGAUGUGAAGCAGCUUCAAGAAGCUGUAGCUCUUCUUCAGCAGCAGUUGGCUGCAGUUCAGACCGCGGAUCAUCACCACGGGAUCCCUGCCAACCCGGGCCAACAGAAGUCUAGCUGGUCACGCCCGCAUCCACACAACCGUCAAGUGCAGAAGCCAAGAGCCAGACAUCCACUGAUCUGCUUCAAUUGUGGACAGCAGGGGCAUCGUCUGACGGAGUGCGCAAAUGAAACCAACGCACCACUAGUUCAACAGCAGAUGGCCUCGAGGUGUAAGCCUGCUUCCACUUCGGGAAACGAAGGUGGCCGCCAGUAGCGGGACGACCUGCGGCCAAG